AUGACCCACAGCCUGAAGAGCAGCAACAGGGUUUGCAACAGCUGGACUGGGAGCAGCAGGGUUUGCAACAGCUGGACUGGGAACAGCAAGGUUUGCAGCAGCUGGACUGAGAGCAGCAGGGGACACAGCAGCUGGACUGAGAGCAGCAGGGUUUGCAGCAGCAGGACUGGGAACAGCAGGGUUUGCAGCAGCUGGACUGGCAGCAGGAUGACCCACAGCCUGAAGAGCAGCAACAGGGUUUGCAACAGCUGGACUGGGAGCAGCCACAGGAGCCACAGCCCCCCUUGGAGCCCCCACAAGAGCCACAACCCCCCUUGCAACCCCCACAGGAGCCACAGCCGCCCUUGGAGCCCCCGCAGGAGCCACAGCUGGAGCAGGAACAGCCUGGCACACAGCAGCACACGGGCUUGCAGCAGCAGACGGGCACACAGCAGCCGGAGCCGCAGCCCCCGCAGCCGGAGCCACAGCCCCCGCAGCCGGAGCCACAGCCCCCACAGCUGGAGCCACAGCCCCCGGAACAGCCACAGCAGCUCAUGGUUCUGGUGGGUUGAGGGUGGAGCAGGUAGAGAAGCAGGUGCGGAGGACAGUGCUCAGGUGUGGGGCCUUCUGGGCCGGGAGCCCUUUAUACACCUGCCCAGGGUCAGCUGA